AUGCUCUAUACCUAUGCUCUUUCUGCUUUGGUAGUUGCUCCUCUUGCCUACAUUUUCCAUAGAAAGGCAAAACUUCCUCCAUUUACAACGGGCAUCAUGCUCAAAUUUUGCUCGCUCGGGGUUUUGGGUUUUGUAGCGCAAUAUCUUGGGAAUGUAGGCAUUGCUUUGAGCAAUCCAACUUUGGGUUCAGCCAUGAGCAAUCUCACUCCCGCUACUACUUUCAUUCUCGCCAUUCUCUUCAGGAUGGAAAAGAUAGAUUUAAGAAGUUCAAGCAGCCUGGCCAAGAUCACGGGCACGAUCUUGUCCAUGGCAGGCGCCUUUGUGGUCGUUCUGUAUGAAGGCCCACCAAUCAUAGGCCAUACGGCCCAUAAAUCAAUGGGCCUUCCACUAUUCUCGUUAUCGGCCCAAUCGAACUGGAUCGCGGGCGGCCUUGCUCUGGCAGCUGAGUACAUCAUCGUCUCCAUAUGGUACACCUAUCAGGCCAAAGUUAUCAAGAAAUACCCAGCAGAAUUUGUGUUGGUGUUUUUCUACAAUGUGACUUGUUGUGCACUGUCACUUGUUGAUUGUCUAUUUAGGGAGCAAAAUUUUGAUGCAUGGAAAGUGAAGCCUGAUGUGCGCCUCAUCUCCAUAUUAUAUGCGGGAACACUAGGAACUGGACUCACUAUUCUGAUACACUCUUGGGGAUUACACGUGAAGGGUCCGGUGUAUGUUGCACUAUUUUUGCCUAUGUCUAUUGCAAUUGCAGCUAUCAUGGGACUAAUUCUACUUGCUGAUACACUUCACCUUGGCUGCAUCCUGGGAUCCAUAAUUAUAUCUGCGGGUUUUUACACUGUGAUUUGGGGCAAGGCAAAAGAAGAAAAUGGAGAUAAUAAACAUGAAGGUUAUGAAGAUUUGGAGUCAUCAUCGCCAUGUGCAAGCUCAUCUGCACCACUUUUGGAAUAA